UGAGUGUACAGCUAAACUUCCAGCAGUCUCAGCUCUCAGCAUCUGCUGUCUGCAGUGUUUUCAGAAGACGAUCUCACGGCUCUUCUUGAAGAGUUUGCAUUUCUUCAUAUUAAAGAUGAGGCUCUUUUCUACAGCUAUAUUGAUUUUCUGCCACAUUGUUUUCUACAGAGGAGAAAGUACAUUGACCAGUAGUAACUAUUCCCUCCAUUCUGUAAAGGGGAAUGUAAUGGGCAGGAUCACUUCAGUCAAUGUCAUAGAAGAAACUCUUAAAAACGUAACUUCUUCCUCAAAGAGGAAAAUCAAGUCUACAAGUAUGCCAGCAAGUAACCAACAAUGUGCUCAGCUCUGCCAAGAAAUGUCCUUAAUAAUGAGAGAGAAAAAACUUAACAUGUGCAGAAAUCUACAAAAUUCUCUUAUUUCCUAUGCCAGGAGCACAAAGAGGAUGGUAAAGAGUAUGAUGGAAGAACAUCAAAAAUCUAUGGAAUUCCUCUCCAAUCAGGUGAGUGAACUAACCAAUAAGGUUCUUCUUUUGAAUGCAGAAGUCUUGAAAAAACACACAGACCCUUUCAUUCACAGACCUUUUCAAACUCACGGCUUUGAUUGCAGUGAUAUUAAGGACAAUUUUGGAACACUUUCGAAAGCACCAAGUGGAAUAUAUAUAAUACAGCCUGAAGGAACACAAUUUUCAUUUGAGGCGUUUUGUGACAUGGAUUACAGAGGAGGAGGAUGGACCGUCCUUCAAAAGAGAAUUGAUGGCACAAUUGAUUUCCAGAGAACUUGGCUUGACUACAUGGAAGGAUUUGGAGAACUUUCAGGGGAAUUCUGGUUGGGUCUGAGGAAAACUUUCUGCAUUCUGAAUCAGAAAAACACGAGUUUCAUGCUGAACAUUGCCCUGGAGGCUGAAGAUGGAUCACAGGCGUAUGCAACCUAUGAUAACUUCUGGAUUGAAGAUGAGAAGACCUCCUUCAUAAUGCAUGUUGGGCGAUACUUUGGAACUGCAGGUGAUGCCAUCCGUGGGUACAAGAAAGAAGACAACCAGAAUGCAAUGCCCUUCAGCACCUACGAUAUCGACAAUGAUAACUGUUAUCCUUCAUGCUUCUUCAAUGGCACCAAAGUAAACAGCUGCAGUCAACACAACAACAAGAGCGGCUGGUGGUUCAGCAAGUGUGGUUUAGCCAACCUAAACGGGGUUCACCGUGUGACCAGAGGUAUAGACAUAGCAGGCAUUCAAUGGGACACAUGGAAGGAAAAUGAUUCGAUUGUCAAGAUAAAGUCUGCUUCCAUUAAAAUCAAGAGAACUCAUUAUCCAUUUUUUAAAUGAUGAUUAUGUUUGAAAUUUUAAUAUUAUUUUUAGAACAUCAUUAGUGUAUAUACAAUGAUUUAUUUAAAGGACAACACGUGGAAAACAACAAACUACAACAAACACGUAGAUGUAUUUAACCUUGUGUACUUUAUGUUUUUAGAUGUACUUUUUUGGAAUAAAAGAAAAUAAUAUUUGUAAGGUUUUGUGCCUGUAGCAGUGUAUGAUGCCUGAAACUGUGACCCAGAUUUUAGGGGCAUAACUAAAAAUCACGGGGCAGAUAGAUAAGGAGAGCCAUUAACUUGCACAUCCAUAUCAAAGUCUUUAGCUACAGAAUAGUGAAGAUAAGAACAGCUUUAUUUACAGUU